GCAGCAUCAGAAGAAGAGGAUCGCUUUAAAAGGGACAAAAUAAGGAAAAAACAAAGAAGGAAACUCACCAGUCCUGUUGAUGGUCAUACGUCAACUUUAAGUGGCUAAAAUCUCAGUGAGUAGGAGAGAGAGAGAAAAGUAAAUUCACCACCACCAUGAAGCUGUGGAGCCGUGUCUGCUUCCUCGUUCUAGCAGUUUCUCCUAUUUGCCUUGGAGAAGAUGGUACAAGUCAUGUGCAAACCAGCGGUACAGUUUCUCCUGUCCCCUCAAUCGCUUCCACACACGUUUUAAAUGGAACUGAAAACGAGACGCAAAAUCACACAGACCCCGAGAGUACUACAGCAGAGGAAACAAACAGUAUGCCUGGAGGCACAGUGGCUACUAAUCUAACAAGUACUAAUGUACCAACGAAAGAGACUACCAGCAUAGUCACACAAGGAGGAGCAGACCGUGGUGGUCAAAUGACUCAAACGACACCAAGUACCAGCUCAGGAACUACAGCACCCCCUUCAGCUGGCUCGUCUGCAGCACUUACUCAGGAUGUGCCUGGUUACCACUACUCAGCCACAGUUCCGCCUAAUGCAAGUUUUGACACGACAUUCCACACAGAACAAUGGCCAGUGCCAAAACUCUGCUUAUCUUUGUCUCUAGGUUAUGUUGUCCUGGCGCUUAUCAUCAUAGUGAUUAUAAUUCUGUGUAUCAUCCUCUACCUCUUGAGGAGAGCCUCCAGGACAUAUUCAUUUGACCUCCAGCGUCCAAAUCCUGUUGGUCAUCUCAACCAGCCCACUGGCACCUUUGAGCCAGUCUACCUGGAUGAUCUGGAGCGACCGGUACCUAAAGAUAUUGAAGCCACCGAUGACCUUUCGCCUCCACCGGUCGCUAAUGGCACGAGUCUACAGUCGGAGGAAAAGGACUCCAGUGGAGAGAACGCUCCUGAGGAACAGCCAGAAGCAAACGGUGUGGAGACUUCACCUGCUGAAAACACCACUCCCUCUCUGAGUAGCGAUGAAGCUGACAAGAUAUCCAACCCACCGAGCAGUACCAGCCUUUUCUUUGAUGCUAUUGGGGAGCAGCAGAAUGAAAACAACAACAACCCAAUUUGCUCCAGUGACCCAUUUGUUGAAAUAAACCUGGACGAGCCGGCAUGGUGCGAUCAGCUCCUCAAUUCUUCUGAAGGUUCUUCCUCGGUCUUCCCCUUCUCUCCAUUCUCCUUAUCCUCCUCUUCCUCUUAGCACCUUGAAUGUUAUCCUCUUCCAUCAACAUAUAGGCAGAGACUGUCUUUUGUAGCACAUGGACAUGAGCACAACAUGUGUUUUUUCCCAAAGCUAGUAUGGAUUGUGAAGUGAACAACCAAGGAAUUAACAUCAACCUGUAAACAUGAAGCUAGCUUUAACUGAUUUCUUAUUGUGUUUUUAUAUGUUUUUGUUCAAAUUUAUUGGUCUCAUUUAGUAUUUUUUCUAAGACUAUAUGAAGGACUUUAAACUGAUUUUAAUUGAAUUGUUUGAAACUGAGCAAUUUGGGAAGCUCAUGGAGGCAGUCCAAAAUUGCAUCGAAGAAAAAGAAGGAUUGAAGAAAUGUUAACUCUUUUUACCCAAAUCACAACUUUUCCUUCACUUAACUGACUUAUUAUUAUUGUUGCCUAACCACACUGCAAACUUCAUACCAAAGGAAGUAAAAUAAGCAAGGUAGCUUAUUUGUGACAUCUAGACUAAGCAAU